AAAAAGAGCCAAAAGACACAUGCAUGGCCUAAGAGACGGGUACGAGCUCGUAUGCGAGGUCGCGCAUGGAGGUACGCAAAGGAACGCGAGAAGAUGGUCCAUAGGCGUAAGAUGUUCGGGCGCAAGAAAGGGCACAUUCAAGAAAGGCGCGAACACGCGCACUGGCGUAGACGAGCACGGAAGAGGCCACGACACAAGAGGACGUGCCAUCAAUGGUUUCGGGGUGCUUAUCGAAGAAGUGAAACCUGGUGGGGGUGGCUAAAAUACCAGGUGGCCCGAAGGAAUGGAAGGCAUGCUAGUCGGGUGCCCAACGGGCACUAUGAACGCACAUGGGCGCACAGCACACGCGCAGGUGGCCAGUGGUGCACUGGGCCACGUGCAGACGGACGCACGCGCAGGCAGCCCGCGGGAAGUUCGGGCGCGCGCAGGUACGCGCUGAUGACGGAUCGGGUGUUGCGUUCCCUCGACUUGUCUCGAUCACGGCUUCGCCACAGCCUUGCUCUCGACGAUAGGUGUGAUCGACUCGCCAGAAAAUUGAGGCCGUAUUUCCUGAACCAUGUGAUACUAGUAAGGACAAAUUUCCAGCUCGGUGAGACAUUGGGUCGACCUACCGUGUCAGGUCGACUCGUAAAAUGGGCGGUCGAACUCAGCGAAUUUUCCAUCAAAUAUGAACCUCGACGGGCUAUAGAGGCCCAAUCUCUAGCCGACUUUAUCCAAGAAGGGACCAAAGGAGAAAGCAAGAAAUGGAUGAUGCACGUCGACGGGUCCUCGUCAGCCAGGGGAUCUG